UUGUAUGUUAAAUGAUAUUUUAAAAAUAUUUCUGACAAUUUAUAAUAAAAUUACAACUAUAAUAUUGUUGAUGGAACUUAGUUAUAAAGUUCUAAGAAUAUUUAAGUUGAGAAAUUGUUAUCUGGGUUCCACUUAUUUGUCUAAAACUACAAAAAUAUGGUACAGUUUUAACCCACUAAGUUAAUAAGUCUAUGCUGGCUAAUAACAGGAAAAAUAUCAACAUAGUAACCUUGCAAGGCUGGAAAUAAAUGAAAAUAACAACUCACUUUGUUGAACGUGCGGCUAAGAUGUGCAACAAUUAUUCUUGUAUCAUAGACAUUGAAGAGAAUCAUAUUCCAGAAAAAAAUAAAUUUUCAAGAAAAAUGCUUUAUAUUAUUGUAGUCGUAACCUUAAUCACACUUUGCUUGACAUUCGAAGUUAUAGGGAAGCCAACUUCAGGACCCAAUAACGAACUAUGGGACGAAAUCAAGCAGAUAAAUAAGGAAAUAGUUUUAAUUAAACAUAAAAUAGAGGACAUUGAAAAUUCUGAAUUGUCAUCGAACGUCAUAACAUCACGUGAUGUUAAUGGUUCGCUGGCAGUGAAAGAGAGUUAUUCAACGGUAUACUCAGCACUAGAGAAUUAUUUUGGGAAGGGCAAGUCAAAUCCUAAUUCAAUUCAAGCUAGUAGUUCUAACUGGACGGAUGUAAAUGUCCACCAAGAAAACAAUAUUAAUAAGUCUGUGCGAGAAAUACAUCAUAUAUAUAAUAGCACGGUCACAAUACACAAUCAUUAUUACAAUAAUAAUGAUAGUAAUGUACCGUGACCGUGCUAUUAUACAUAUUAUGUAUUUGUUGCACCGUCUUAUUAUUAUUGUGUUCUUGAUUGACUCCUUCAUCCAUCCAAUUAAAACCUCCUUGAAUCGAAUAUUUGGAUUUGACUUUCCGUUACCAAAAUAAUUCUCCAGGGCUGAAUAUACCAUAUACCCACCAAUUAACAUCACGCGAUGUUACGAUUGAUGAUAAUUCAUUUUUUUCCAUAUUAUCCUCUAUUUUACGUUUAAUUAUUGCUAUUUCCCGAUUUAUCUGUUUGAACAUUUACCAAAAAUGCUCACUGUGAAUUCGUGAAGUCGUCACCAAUAACGGUCGUAGGACACGCGUAAAUAUAUGUAUCUUGUCUUAUAUCAUCAUUUAUCAUAUUCCACUAUCAUAUUUCAUUAUCAUAUUCCAUUAUCAUAUUUCAUUAUCAUACGUGCUGAUAGUAUUAUUUACUUAUUGUGUAUUUUUUAUUAUUAUUCAUAUUUUGUAUUUUUCUUAGUGAUUAGUAUUGAGACGCACAGUACCCAUUCACUAUUGCUUAUAUUAUUAUUAUUUCUUUGUUCUUAUUGUAAUCCGUCAAUAAAUUAUUGUAUGUGCCUUGCCAUACGUGCACAUUAUAUAUUAUAUAUGAGUAUAGUUGAUGAGGUCAUAGCCUGACACUAAGGCUCUAUAAUAUGUGAGUAUGCGCAUCCGCCAUUUUGUUUGGAAUAAAAUAUUCUAGAUAACAGUAAAAUACCGCCAAAAUCACAGACAAAAUAAUAGGUACGCAUUUAAUUUUAUGUAAUUUAUAUAUUAUGAUGUCUUAACUUCUUCACAUCUAUUAUAUAUUAUGUCUAUUAUAUUAUAUUAUAUUCUAUUUAUUAUAUUAAAAUGUCGUGUUCUGCCGUAAAAUGCACAAACCGAAGUAGAAAUAGAGUAUUCGGCUAUUCCGAUUACCGGCUCAACUUGAACGCAGAAAAAUUUGGAUAAAUAAUACCAGAAGAGCUCAAUGGCAACCUACAGAAUCUGCUAGUCUGUGUGAAGUACUUAAGUAUUAUUUGAUAUUCAAUAGUGAUUAAAUAAGUACUUCUGUUUAUUAAAAUUAUUAGAGUAACACAAUAAUAUAGAAACGUAAUUACUUAUAGUAGAUUUUCAUACAAACCCUACCGAAUUAGCCUAAAAUUUAUUAAAAUUAUCAUAGUUUCAAAUAAUUAACAAAUGUAGGCACAUUUAAAUUUAUUACACUACUGCAUU